CUUGAAAUUCACAAAAUAUAAAAGUUUAUUGCUAAAGUAAAAAAUUAACAUAGCCAUGCAAGUGCGCCAAAAUCGGUGAAGCUACAAAAAAAUGGUCCUAAAUUCAUGUCUAACAUUCACAUAGACACUCUCUCUCUCUCCUCUUUCUCUCUAACUGUUUCAGUUUCUUCCUUCAACGAAAAUUACUUAAAAAUGAAAAUGUUUUCUUCCCCAGAUAUCCAUAAAUUGAUCUCCAAUCCUCCAUAAAAUUAACUCAAAUCAAUAUAUUAGAAUUGGAUUAUACCCAAUUUAAUUUGAUCCAACAACAUGUUCUGAACAAAAAAGAACAAAUUUUUUAAAAAAAUUUCCUUUUAAUCCUUAAUUGAUUUUGAUGAGAGGCCGAAAAAGGGAAAGAAAAUAACAUCUAUGAAGAUAAAGAGGAUAAAGGAGCAGAUGCAGUUAGUAAAGCAAAAUCAAAAGCAGGGUUGCCAUUUUUCCAGAAUUUAUUUCAGAUGGAAUGGCAGAUCUUGUUAGUUAUGGCCAUUCUGACCGUGAUGUUGAUCAAGCACUCAUUACUUUGAAGAAAGGUACUCAAUUAAUCAAGUACAGCAGAAAAGGGAAACCCAAAUUUUGCCCAUUCAGACUUUCUCCGGAUGAGACGACUCUAAUUUGGUUAUCACAUGGAGAAGAAAGAAAUUUAAAGUUAUCUUUAGUCUCAAGAAUCAUCCAAGGCCAAAGAACUGCUGUGUUUCGUAGAUUCUUGCGUCCCGAGAAGGAUUACUUGUCAUUUUCACUUAUAUAUAAUAACGGCGAUAGGUCCCUUGACUUGAUUUGUAAAGACAAAGCUGAGGCAGAAGUUUGGCUCGCGGGUCUUAAGGCUUUAGUUGGCCAGCAACGAAAUAGACGCACAAGAAGUGAAAUAGUUGAAGUAAAUGAAGGUGAAUAUGGUCAAAAUGGUCGUCCAUCUGGUGGUGCUCUAGAGUUUACUUCCAACACGCGUGGUAGAACAUCUGUUGAUUUUGGUUCUUUAGGAUCAGAUGUUGGGUCUGAGCAGGCAAAUAUGCAACCAAGAGGAAGCACAGGAGACGGUUUUCGACUUAGCGCAGAUGGUUUUCGAAGUAGUGUUUCGAGCGCUCCUAGUUGUUCAAGCCAAGGUUCAGGACCAGAUGACAUUGAGUCACUAGGAGAUGUUUAUGUUUGGGGCGAACUUUGGUCUGAUGGAGGUGGUAUAACAGAUGGUUCUGGCAACUCAUUAAGCACUAGUAAAACCGAUGUUUUAACUCCAAAACCCUUAGAAUCAAACGUAGUUCUUGAUGUUCAUCAAAUAGCUUGUGGGGCCCGCCAUGUCGCUCUUGUAACUAGACAAGGUGAGGUUUUCAGUUGGGGUGAAGAAUCCGGAGGAAGACUUGGUCAUGGGAUUGAUAGAGAUUUUACUCGUCCUCGCCUUGUUGAUUUUCUUGCUGUUACUAAUGUAGACUUUGUUGCAUGUGGUGAGUACCAUUCAUGCUCAGUGUCAACAUCGGGUGAUUUAUUCACAUGGGGAGAUGGUAUGCAUCAUGCUGGUCUAUUAGGCCAUGGCACUGAUGCUAGUCAUUGGAUUCCGAAAAGAAUUUCAGGUCCUUUAGAAGGUGUUCAGGUUUUCUCCAUUGCUUGUGGUACUUGGCAUUCAGCAUUAACAACUUGUAAUGGUAUACUCUUCACAUUCGGUGAUGGAAGUUUCGGAGUUUUAGGGCAUGGUGAUCGCGAGGUUGUUCCUUAUCCAAGGGAAGUUCAACAAUUAAGCGGGUUAAAAACUAUUAAGGUAGCAUGUGGAGUUUGGCACACUGCAGCUAUUGUGGAGGUUAUGAGUCCUUCUGCUUCUGCUAGUGGCAUUCCUUCUAGGAAAUUGUUUACUUGGGGAGAUGGGGACAAAUAUCGCUUAGGUCAUGGAAGCAAAGACACAUAUCUGCUUCCGACGUGUGUGUCUGCGCUGAUUGAAUACAACUUCUCUCAAAUCGCAUGUGGACAUGACUUUACAGUUGCGCUUACAACAUCAGGCCAUGUCUUCACAAUGGGUAGUGCAUCAAAUGGACAACUUGGAAAUCCACAAGCUGAUGGGAAAGUACCUUGUUUAGUUCAAGAAAAACUAGUUGGUGAGUUUGUGGAAGAGAUAUCUUGUGGAGCACACCAUGUCGCGGUCCUCACUUCAAGAAGUGAGGUAUAUACUUGGGGUAAAGGUGCAAAUGGAAGACUUGGACAUGGUGAUACAGAAGACCGUAAGUCCCCAACUUUGGUAGAGGCACUUAAAGAACGACAUGUAAAAAGUGUAGCAUGCGGUUCAAAUUUCACUGCUGUAAUUUGUAUCCAUAAAUGGGUUUCCGGAGCUGAUCAGUCAGUAUGCUCAGGGUGUCGCCAAGCAUUUGGUUUUACAAGAAAAAGGCACAACUGUUAUAAUUGUGGUCUUGUACAUUGUCAUGCAUGUAGCUCUAAAAAAGCCGUUAGAGCCGCUCUUGCUCCUACACCAAGCAAGCCACAUCGUGUUUGCGAUGCUUGCUACAACAAACUUAAGGCUACUACUACUGGAAAUGUGUCUAUUUUUAGCAAGAAACAAACUACUGUGCCUCGUCGUUCAAUCGAUAGCACCAAGGAAAGGAUUGACAGGGCUGAAACAAGAUCUUCUAGACUGUUAUUAUGCCCUACUACAGAACCAGUGAAAUAUCUCGAGGUUAAGAGUCAAAGGUAUGGAGGUAGAUUAGAAUCAUUUGGUAUGGUUCGAGCUUCACAAGUGCCAUCAUUUCAACAACUUAAAGAUGUUGCUUUUCCUUCUUCAACUGCUCUUCAAACUGCUUUGAGGCCUACUACACCACCUCCUCCUCCAGCACCUCCUUUUCGUAGCAGCUCGCCUUCGCGACCAUCUUCACCAUAUGCCAGAAGGCCAAGUCCUCCUCGCCCUGGGACUCCAGUGUUUUCAAGAGGUGUUCUUGAUAGUCUCAAGAAGUCCAAUGAACUUCUAAGCCAGGAAGUUUCAAAGCUUCAAAACAAUCUUAAAAAUCUAAAGCAAAAGUGUGAUUUCCAAGAUGAGGAGAUUCAAAAUCUACGAAAGAAUGCUAAAGACAAUGCUUUAAUUGCGGCGGAGCAAUCUUCCACGUCCAAUGUUGCAGAGGAAGCUGUUAGAUCUUUUAUUGUUCAGCUCAAGGAUAUGGUCAAUAAGUGGUCUCUAGAUGAAGCUGAUCAAACUGAGAAUUUGAAGGCCAUGAUUCUAUCAUUCAUAGAAGCAAACCAAAAUGAAGCAUCCAUUUCUCAAACUUCCUUAACAACAGAACAACAACAACAAAAUCUACAAAAUGAAAGUAGUCAAGUUAACAAGGAAAAUUCUUCUACAAAUAGUCAUAAGAUUAUAUCUUUAGACCCAGCAAUAAUGGCGGACUUAUCAACAUCUAAUGAUAAUACAAAUGAUACAAGUGAUAAACAUGGUUCAGCUUUAUUAGAUGAAGUUGAUGUAUCUUCAAGUAAGCAAGAAGGAAAUAAUGGAGGAGUUGAAGCUGGUAAUAAUGAUACAUCACCUUCACCGACGACGGAGACAGCAACUAAUGACAGUAGGGAAAACAGGACAACAAGGUCAUCUCAAGGUUCAUCAAGGAGUGACGGAUUAAGGGAAUGUAAAGAGAAAUUUGAACAUGGAGUUUAUGUAACUUUCAUUCAACUUCGAAACGGUACAAAAGUUUUCAGACAAGUCAAAUUUAGCAAAGAAAGGUUUCGCGAGAAACAAGCUGAGGAAUGGUGGAAGGAAAAUAAAGAAAGGGUACUGCGGAAAUACAUCCCUCCACCACCAAAGAACAUGCCAUCAACAUCAUCUCCUGCGACGCCACCAACAACUUCACCUUUAGGUCCAUCAACUAGUGAACAGGAAAGCAAUGACAACAACUUAACACCUUCAUAAACAUAUAUACUUGUUGAUCAAAUUUUUUUUUUCAAUGUCACAGAACCUGCAAUCUUGGUAGAAAACUAGAAAUUUAUGAGGCAAAAGAAUUGUUUUAGGUAUAUGAGAAUUGGAGUAUGGGAUGAAUUGAGCUCAUUUUUUGACAUAAUUGAGAAACUUUUACUUUUUGGCAAGAAUAAUUUACUUUAGAAAUCGUACUUUAAUUCCAUGAGUAACUCAACAAUUUAUGUUUCUUAUUUGC